AUGGAAACCAGUCAAGACCGAUGGGAGAGCAGCAGCGCCGGAGACCACAGAGUCUUCCCCGGCGUCCCCUCUCCCCCCAGGAACUACGCUUUGAGCGGCAAGAUCAUGCUCAGCGCCAUCGUCGUCCUCUUCACUAUCGUCUUGCUCAUCCUCUGCCUGCACGUCUACGCCCGCUGGUGCCUCCUCCGCCGCGCCCGUCGCCGGCGACGCGAUCGCCGCCGCCUCGUCUUCGCGGCGGCGAGCCAGGACGGAGCCGCGGGGCCUGUUGUGAGGGGACUCGACCGCGAGGUCGUCAAGUCGCUUCCGGUCUUCACCUACACGGCCGCCAAGUGCCCGGCCGAGCCAGAGGAGAGCAUGGAGUGUGCGGUCUGCCUGAGCGAGUUCCAGGAGAACGAGAUGGGGCGGGUGAUGCCCCUCUGCAAGCACAGGUUCCACAUCGAGUGCAUAGACAUGUGGUUCCAUUCCCAUGCCACCUGCCCCCUUUGCCGCGCCGCCGUCGAGCCGGCGCCGCCGGCGAAAGUCUCCGACUCCGUCCACAUCCAAAUCGAGCCCCCCCCUCCGCCGGAGCUCUGCGAGUCGUGCAGGCAUGAGAAUGAGGACCUCGCCGCCGGCGGAACAGGAUCUUCUUCUUCUUUUCCUCCUGUUGCUGCUGCCGCUACGACGGCAUGCUCGAGCUCGAACGUGCCGGGGGCGGAAGGGCUGAGGAGCCUGGAGGAGGAGGUGGGGUCGCCCGGCGGGGGAGGGCAAGGAUUCAAGUCGCCGUUGAGCCGGAUGAGAUCACUGAAGAGGCUCCUCAGCAUCGACCUGAGGUUUCACCGCGGCGGGUCCCCCUCCGACGAACCCGACCUGGAGAGGGGCACAGGAGCGUUGGCGUUGGCGGCGGCGGAGGAGCAGUCUCCCCGCCCGCCACCGCAACAGAGGUGA